AUGCCGGGCAGGAAGCGCAGCCGCGGCGAGUACGAGGCCGAAAGCAGAGACAACCACUUCGGCAUGGGUCAGACGCUCUCACUGCUGCGGGAGCCCAACUCUGCUGCAGAGGACACCUCCGAAUCGCACAGCCGGCGCGCGUCUCCUUCCGCCAAGGAGGGAGAGAGAGAGGGAGAGUGGCAGACGGUGGAGAAGCGGUCGAAGAAGCCAAAGCAGGAGAAAAAGAAUAAUGGCAACUACCCUGCCAUCUUCCAUUCCGCAAACGCGCGCCUGCAGACGCAUGUCAAGAUCGGUGACCUGCAGCAACUGACGCUGUACCUGCUUGCUGAUGGCACGGCCCCGCAAUGGGUUUCUGUUCGACAUCACAACUCUGUGAGGAAGGUGGUUGUGCUCAUGGUGCCUGGACUGGAAGCUGGGAUGUUUGAUGGAAAAAUUCCUCUCGAGAGCGCGGCAGACGCAACUGCUACCUCAGCGGAGGUGCUUUCAGAGUACGGAGAGAAGUCGCCAAAUACACAUGUACACCAAACAAUCAACAACAAAAUCCGACUUUCCCCAGACGACUACUACCCUGUCAAGCUUGCUUCUGAAAAGUUGCCUGAGCCCCUCAAGCCUUUAGCAGACGUCUUCCCACAUAUCUGGCCAAUCAAGACCCCAGGCGACGACAAGUACCACCGUAUACACUCGCCAUUGCACGCCAUGCUCACGGCGCCCUUGCCGAAGACGAAGGAGGAAAAGCGGGGGAAAGGGCCUGGUCCGCCGCGCGAGGGCAGGAACUGGGCGAACAAACCGACGCCUGUGACUGAGUUUCUUGCUUCGCUAGAAGAGCUGCAGGAGAACGAAUACGUCCUUCAUCCCGCUUUGUUCACCACCGCCGAAGCCAAGCAGAAUUACCUGGAAAGCAGACGCAAAGCCCACCAAUCUACAGAGGACGGCUGGGUCGACACCAAAGUAGCCACCCUCGAAGACGGCGACGUCCCCGAGAAAGAAACCCAGCAAGGCAGUCUCACGGCCGGCCGCGACAUCCUCGCUAUGGACUGCGAAAUGUGCAAAACCUCACCCGACACCUUCGCCCUGACGCGCAUCAGCCUCGUCUCCUGGGACGGCUCCGUAGUCCUCGACGAACUCGUUAAGCCCGACGUCCCAAUAACCGACUACCUGACCCCCUACUCCGGCAUCACGGCCGCCAUGCUCGGCCCCGUCACCACCACGCUCUCCGACAUCCAGACCUGCCUGCUGGACCUCAUAACCCCCCGCACCAUCCUUGUCGGCCACUCGCUUAAUGCAGAUCUCACGGCGCUGAGAAUGACGCACCCCUUCAUCAUCGACACCGCGCUCAUCUAUCCGCACCCGCGCGGCCCGCCGCUCAAGUCCUCGCUCAAGUGGAUCGCGCAAAAGUAUCUCAGUCGCGAUAUCCAGCAGCACCAUGGCACGACGGGGCACGACAGCGUCGAGGACGCGCGCGCGUGCCUCGAUCUGCUGAAGUCCAAGUGCGAGAAGGGGCCGAAAUGGGGCACGGCUGAGGCGAGCGGGGAGAGCAUUUUCAAGAGGCUGAGACGGGCGAAGAGGCCCGCGAGUGGGAGAAGCGGGGGUGGGGAUGAGGGCAGGACGGGCGCGGUGGUGGAUUGGGGAGACCCAAAGAGGGGACAUGGGGCGGGCGCGGCCGUGUGCGUGGGGUGUGAGGACGAUGCUGGAGUUGCGGAGGGCGUCAAGAUGGCUGUCAGUGGGGAUGCUGGGGGUGGAGCUGGUGGUGUUGAUUUUGUGUGGGCGAGGCUGAGGGAGCUGGAGGCUGUGAGAGGGUGGUGGAAUAGGACGAAGACGGCUGACAGCGCUGAACUGCUGGCGAAUGCGCUCGCGGGCAGUAAGACGGCUAACGGCGAAACUGCCGAUUCCACUGCAAGCCCAUCGGUCCUCGCGGAAGCCGUUGCGAAGACUGUUGCGAAUAUCAAGGCGAUUUACGACGUCCUGCCUCCCUGCACGGCUUUGAUUGUCUACAGCGGCUCGGGCGAUCCGAGAGAGGCGGCGCGGCUGCAGAACAUGCAGCAGCAGUUCAAGAAGGAGUACGCGACCAAGAAGUGGGAUCAGCUGAGCAUCAAGUGGACGGAUACGGAGGAGCAGGCAUUGAAGAAGGCGGCCAAGAAAGCAAGGGAGGGCGUGGGAUUUGUGGUGGUGAAGUGA